CCGACCAUGUUCCGACAAGCGCCUCAGCUCAUGGCACGAGCCACCACGGUGGCGAUGAGGUGUCGCUGCCAGUUCUCCACCGACGUCCCGGUGGAAGCUUCUGCGGACUCGACGUUCGUGGAGGCGUGGAGGAAAUUGAUACCUCCCAUUGAACCCCUUCUCGCUCCCAACCCAGAUCGAUUCUGUAUGUUUCCAAUCCAGUACCCACAAAUCUGGGAGAUGUACAAGAAGGCCGAAGCAUCGUUCUGGACUGCCGAGGAGGUCGAUUUAUCACAAGAUCAACGACACUGGGACGAAACUCUAACUGCCGAUGAGAAGCAUUUCAUCACCCACGUCCUCGCUUUCUUCGCCGCCUCUGAUGGAAUUGUAUUGGAGAAUCUCGCCGGAAGGUUCAUGACGGAGGUCCAAGUCGCCGAGGCGAGAGCUUUCUACGGAUUCCAAAUUGCCAUCGAGAACAUUCACUCGGAGAUGUAUAGUCUCUUGCUCGAAUCGUACAUCAAAGACCCGGCCGAGAAGCAUCGUCUCUUCCACGCCAUUGAGACGAUCCCGUGCGUCGAAAAGAAGGCGAAGUGGGCGAUGAAGUGGAUCGACGGUGGAGAAUCGUUCGCGGAGCGAAUCGUGGCGUUUGCUUGCGUCGAAGGGAUCUUCUUCUCCGGCAGUUUCUGCUCGAUCUUCUGGCUCAAAAAACGAGGCUUGAUGCCCGGACUCACCUUCUCGAACGAGUUGAUUUCGCGAGACGAGGGUUUGCACUGCGAUUUCGCUUGCUUGAUCUACGAGUUGCUGACUCAGAAGCUGAGUGAGGAGCGAGUUAAGGGAAUCGUUGCUGAUGCAGUGGAGAUAGAGAGAGAGUUCGUGUGCGACGCUUUGCCGUGUGGACUGGUGGGAAUGAACGGUGGUCUGAUGAGUAAGUAUAUUGAGUUUGUGGCUGAUAGGCUUUUGGGGGCUUUGGGAUAUGGAAAAUUGUAUGAUGCCCAGAACCCAUUUGAUUGGAUGGAGCUGAUUAGUUUGCAAGGGAAGACUAAUUUCUUUGAGAAGAGAGUUGGCGAGUACCAGAAGGCUUCUGUGAUGAAUAGCUUGAAUGGAAAUGGUGGGCUUCAUGUCUUCAAGCUUGAUGAAGAUUUCUAACUAUUUUUUGCAUUUUUUUUGGGUAAUUCUUGUAUUUGUUUUUUUAGAUUGGAAUGUUUGUUCAACUGUGUUUGUUUGUUGGCUGGUCUGAUAUUUGUGUUUAAUCUUCGAAUUAAAUGAAUAUAUAAGGGAAAAGAAAGAAUCUUAAGAAAAUUUU